AAGCUCUUAACAAACAAGCUCCCGACGGUUACAACAACCACCGUCAACCAACACCUGCGCCCGACCUCCCCGGAUGCUACAUGACCAAAUUCAUGGUCGUUGUUGAAUCUUGGGGACGUCACUGCAUUUGUCACACCCGAUAUCACCACCAACGAGGUCCCAUUCGAUAAUCCGGAGAGGCACCCAAACUAUUUGACGAUGGCCGCCGAGGCUGCGAAGAACCUACAGGGCAACCGCACCCGUCCAAUGUCUAUUGUUCCUGCUAUCCCCCUGCCAUACGUGCAGAAGCGUAAGCUGGCAGGAGCUCCACGCAAAGAGGAGACAGAAGUCGCGUCUGAUGCUACUGCUGAUAGCCGCACUUCAACUUCAAACGAUUCGUCGGCGACAGUUGAGGCGUGCCACUCGACUGAUACUAAUGGCACUUCGGAUCAAGAAACAAAGCAGAAGGUCGACACUGUAUACUCUGCAGCCUCCCCUUUGACUUUUGAAGUAGAAGAGAAUCAAGCAUUGGACCUUCCUGACAACAAUCUACGCGCCCUGGGACAGGAACACACUGAACACGAGGUUACCACGGAAGGAUAUGAUUCUCACGUAGCUCAGCCAGGCCAAACUACACAGGAGGAUAAAACUCAGGUUGAGAAAGUGACACGUCAAGUAGAUCCUGUUCCAACUUCAUCCGACAAGCAACCUAGCGCCUCGAAAUCCUCCUACAAUAUGCCUCCAGCACAAUUUGUCCCUGGUCAGCAUACUCUGCCAAACCGACCAGCUCUUGACACUGAAGCUCCGACAUACACAAAGUUCCAAGUGUCUGGCGGGCCUCACCCAAUGCACCAUACUCAUCCCAGCCAAGGAAGCAUGGUGUUCGGUGGCUAUUCUGAUUCGAACAACUCCUCGCCAGCGCCGCCUCUUUCGUCUGCAGGAAUGUCUCAAUAUCCAUACCCGCCGCCACCACCUACUAAUGGCCAUAUGCAUCACCUUUCCAACGGCUUCCAAGUUCCACCACCUCCCGGAUUUGGCUUCCAGCAGCAGCAUGGUGGCCAUAUUGUGCACAGUCCAGCGAUGGACGGCUUUUCCCGCCGGCACCCACCACCUUUCCCACACCCGGAAGGAUACUCACCCUCAGCUACUCCUGGCAUAAACGACAAUCGCCGACAGCAAUUUUAUGACCCGUCAACCUCUCGUAGCCUUCGCUCUCAUUCAUCGGCUCCUCAUGAGCAUGAUCCUCGGCCCACCCAGUUUCCCAAUCCAAACGCUACUUCUCGGGCGACCAACGGAAGCAAUGGCCAUACAGAUGAUGGCAAGCUUUACUACCAACAUCAGAUGAGUGGCCGCGGUGGUUCGGGCCUACACGGCGUUGUUCCACAUCCAUCCGUGGAUAACCUUGAUGGACUACUAGGCUAUAUUCAAGGCCAGUUUGCUGAUCCUACCUUCGCCGAUUAUACGCUGGAAGUACGAUACACGGAUGACCGUGCCAAACCAAUGCGUAUUCCAGGACACAACCUGUUGUUUGCCAGAAGCCCAACAUUAAAACGUCUCAUGAUAGCCCAGGCCAACGACGGAAGCAGCGAAAGCUCGUCUCGAACAAUUUUAAUCGAGACUGCUGACCGAUUCCUGAGCUCAGAUGGUUUCUGGAUCGCAUUGCAGCGUCUCUACGGCGCACCUCUUCAUAGCCUAGAUACCCCACCAACUCCCGGCCGAAGCAUAGAAGCCCAGAAUUUGGCAACUUCGAAUCCUGCUAGCUUCCAUAGGUUUGAUUUGGCCCUUGGCUACGCUGCUGCUGGCCAUAUCCUUCAAAUCCCUCCAGUCUUGAGCCGAGGUAUCGAAGUUGCAUGCCAUCUUGUCAACUGGCUGACACUAGAGAAAGCCCUCAAUUUUGCACUCGAUGGAGGCCUCAGCUCGCAGUGGACUUUGGACAAUAACUUCAACGGAAUUUGUCCGAGCACGUACGGGCCAGCUGUCGACAUGCUCAUUCACAGUGCUCUCGGCUUCUUGAUCGCCAACUUUCCGCCUCACCUGGAUUUUGACGUGACUGCUUCUGAGCCAGCAUUCAAUAGCCGCCUUCCUGUUCUCAGCAAGGCCAAAGUCUCGAAACACAACCCCCGGUUAAGCUCAAUCAAGUUCGGCGAUCAUCCUAUGGAAGAGCCUAUUCUCCCCGCUCUCAAGAAUGCAAACCCUGCAUCUCUUAUUUCCGGGAUACUUAUCAACCUGCCAUUCCAGCUGCUGAAAUACGUGCUGGAAGCACCAUCUCUUGGGAGCCAUGAUUGGGCGACGUCUACUAUGCGCCAAACUGUUAUGCACGAAGUCAUCAACGAGCGCGAGAAGCGUCGCAUUCGCGUCCUAAAUGAUAGGAGUGCUUCUAACGACGUACGCAUGUCGAACUCGAAGGAAUGGCAGACCGUUGGUUGGCAAGAGGGUGUCGAAACUGAGGCACCUCGCGAAAUGCCUACCCUGACCAGGACCUGGGUUGAUUUCAAGCUCCCAGAGUGAAAUAACCAAAGGCCAUACACAACACAGACUUCGACUUGAAGAUUAUUACUACGACAGACUACCGCGCCAUGCGUUUACCAAAAGCGUUUUUGCAUUCGUCUUCAGCGUUAUACCGGUCUUGCAUAUAAGGACCAUGUUCGAUACGCGCUUUAUGAUACCAGCCAUCAUUGUGAGAAAAGGGAGGGCCAACAGGUGGCUCGUGGGGAUGCAUAGAGGUACGAUUGGGGCGGGGAAAAGUAGUUGCCGGAAGGGAAGCGCCCUAAAUAAGCAUUAUGGCCGAGGGGGAGGCCCUUAAUUGAGUGAUGGGCGUAAAAAUAGGAAGCCAGUAGGUAGCCAAACACGCAGGACUGGAAUCAUAGGAAUUAAUUCAAUGCGAUG